UCAGGUUGAUUUAGAAUAUGGAUGACAGUGGCCUGGCUCCAGCCCAUGACUGACGAAAGCUGCUUAUCCCUCUUGGUUACCAUGGAGAUGAGCAGUAGCAGCAGCAGCAGCAGCAGGAGCAGGAGCAUAGAGGCUGUCAGGGAGAGAAUCAGCAAUCAGGCAUCUGUGGGGGUCUGCAGGAGGAAGGAGGAGGCAGAAUCGGGGACACACACAGCAGACAUGGACUUGCAUUGUGACUGUGCCGCCGAAACUCCUGCAGCAGAGCAGCCCUCCGGGAAGAUUAAUAAAACCGCUUUCAAAUUAUUUAAGAAGAGGAAAUCGGGUGGCACCAUGCCCAGUAUAUUUGGGGUAAAAAACAAAGGGGAUGGGAAAAGCUCGAGUAAAACGGGGAUGGUGAGAAGCAAGACUCAUGAUGGAUUAGCCGAGGUGUUGAUGCUGGAAAGCAGCAAGAAGGAGGAACCGAGCAGCGGCGGGGGCAGUGCUGGUGGUGGCGGCGGGGACCAGCUGAACACGGAUACCCACCCCAGAGCUGUGGUGACCAGUGUGAGUUCUUUAGCCAACAGCUCCGUGGCCAAGUCGCACAGUUUUUUCUCGCUGUUAAGAAAGAACGGGAGAUCGGAGAAUGGCAAAGGAGAACAUACAGAUCAAAACAAGGCUGGCAGCAAACAAAAGAAAGGGCUGAAAGGGAUCUUUAGCAGUAUGCGCUGGCAUAAGAAGGAUAAACACGGAAAGGAAGAGGAAAAGGAGGAACCCUCAGAAAUCCAGUCCAGCCUCAUUCUGCCUGGCUCGUUAACAGCCAGCUUGGAGUGUAUCAAGGAGGAAAUUCCCAAACCUUUGUGUGAACCUGAAAAGUCCAGCAAGGAAAUUAGAAAAGAGCCAUCCUGUGAGUUCCGCGGGGGAGAAGAGGUGAACGCAUCAGUGGACAAGCCUAACGUGAGGAAUUCUGGGGAGUCACUUAGCCCGGUGUUGCAUAACAACAAAAACACACCGGGAGAGGAUGCCGCUGGGUAUCGGCAUGAGGAGAGGCACCGAGAGUCGCGGGAACCGGGAACUGGGGACAGCCGGACAGCCCAGGAUGCAGCUAGAACAGGCUGUGGAGAUAUUAUUGCGGACCAGGAGGAUGAAGCAGGUGCCAGCUGCGACAAGAAUGCCUCUGGGACAGGCAAGCCAGCUCCCUCCAAAAAGAACCCCAACUUGGUGGCCUACCAGGGAGGAGGGGAGGAGAUGGCCAGCCCAGACGAAGUGGACGACACCUACCUCCAGGAAUUUUGGGACAUGUUAUCCCAGACAGAAGAUCAAGAAGCACAAGAGCCCCAGGGUAUCACAGCCAAGGCAGCAGCAGCAGCCGCAGCCGCCGCCGCCGCCAAGGAAACCAAGGUAGCGCCUGAAUCCUCCAAAGACGGCAGGGGUAAGGAAGGAGCUAGGGAUGGCUCCUUGGUCAAAAGGAGUAGGAUCCACAGGAUUCCCAUUGAGCUGCAUCAGAAGGAGGAUUCCAAGCACCGAGAAAAGGAGCAGCAGGAAGGUGUCCCCAACAGUGAUGAGGGUUACUGGGAUUCUACAACUCCUGGCCCGGAGGAAGACAGCACAAGCAGUAUCCGGAAAGAAGGCAUCCCCAGGGACAGCUACAGUGGGGAUGCUCUGUAUGAUCUCUACACAGAUCCAGAUGAAAAUCCAGUAGGUCUACCCUCUGAUGAAGAAGUGACCUGCUUGUCCCGCUCAAAGCCGGUGUCUCCAGUGACCAUAACCUGUCCCCUGAAAACACCCAGCAGUUUGAUCAAGGACUCCAAGAUCCCCAUCAGCAUCAAACACCUAGCAUCCCUCCCUGCCAGCCAUCCUGUGGUGCACCAUCACCCGACCAAGAGUGAGAUCCCCAGAACAAAAAUCCCUGUUUCCAAAGUGCUGGUCCGGAGGGUCAGCAACAGGGGGUUAGCUGGGACCACGAUCAGAGCAGCAGCCUGCCAUGAAGGUGCCAAAAAGUUGUAAGGCCUUGAAGGCCAAGAGAGACCACAUCAUAGGAAUGGCAAUUUCAUUGGAAACCAUUAAGGAAAAAGUUUUGCUUCAUUUAAGGAAAAUCUUCUAGGACAGCCCCCUCUACAUAGCCUGGGCUGGAAUUAUUUAUGUUUUUUGGAAAAGGGGUACAGCUUAUGUGAGAGGGGGGUGCUACCCUUCAGUUUCCCCUCUCAAGAUAUCACUGAAGAUUCUUUUCAAGCACUUUUUUUCUUCCUUUUUUAUCUUUGUAUCAUGUUUUGGGAAGCACUAAACACUUGGAUGGAGAUUAUGUUUUCUUGCCUUUGCGGAACAGAACAUUAGCAAACUCUAACAAGCAUCUAGUUGUGAUGCUAACUUGUGCCAAGAGUUGUCCAGAAUGUCCAGGGUACAGCUCAAAGUGAAAAAGAGAGGCUCUCACCAGUAUACUUUUCUCUCUUUUUUUCCCCCUGGGUAGGGGAAAUUAUUCUCUGCUGUUACUACUGUGUGUGGGAAAACCACAAAGCUGAACGAGCCAGGUACUUACCCAAUGAAAAAAGAGAACCAAUGAUUGGCCACAGACAUUACUUGAUUUUUGGUUGCUAGCUAUGAAAAGAGAUGGCUUUCUACUACCAGGAGGAAGAGUGUGUAUAUAUAUGUAU